UCAUCAGCUGCUUUGCUUGUCCAUCUCUAAACACCACGUCAAUUUUUUUUUUUAUACACAAACAAAUCAAAAUAUUCAGCUUCGGCCCAGAUCUGGAAAUAUUUGAAAGAAACAAAAGAUAUUGCAUGCUAAUUUAGCUUUAAAAUGGCGUACGUCGAUCAAAAUGGUCGUCUGUGGGAGAAACGUCCAUGGGACUUGAGACGAGUUUUGGACACAUUCGUGGGUAUAUGGUUCGCCGUCAAACAGUUGCUUGCAUCGUUCCUGUCUCCAUUCACUGGAAAUGAUAGCAACGGAGAUAACUCCCGUCGAGGAAAUGGAUGGGGAAGUAGUAGCUGGGGCGGAGGGGGCGGUGGUGGUGGCGGCGGAGGCGGUGGCGGCGGAGGCGGUGGCGGAGGCGGAGGCGGUAGCGGUUAUCGCGGAGGUGGAUUAAGGCCUAAUCGACGAAUUGGGCGCAUUCCGCCCCCCUCCCAAUCCUGCAAUGCCGGAGGAUGCUGCGGCUGAGCUGCUUAACCAAAAUGCUCCAAUAAAUAAUCCAACUCACCUCUGUGAUGCGGCAAUUAAAAUAGAUAGGUUUUUGUUUACCGUUUAUAUUAAAGCUAUGUUUUAGUCAUAAUGAUUUUGAUUAAUUGAGAAAAUUCAAAAUAUGCAAUCAUACAUACAAUGCAAUACAAUACAUACAUACAAUCAUACAAACAAUAAACUUUUUAAUAUCCGAACUU